UGCAAAUUGAUUCGCUUGAAUUCAAAUACUUUUGAAAUAUUUGGUGUACCUAUAUGAGCACGUAUUAUAUGCACAGCGUAAUGUAAUUAUAUUAAAAUUAAUAUACUAUAUAAUGUUAAUACAUACGAUCGGAAAAUGCACAUAAGUUUCAUUUAUAACAUUUUCUUUCUCUUGUAUAAUCUCUGUUUAUAUUCGAUAUACAUAUAGAUAUUAAAUUUGCAUUUUUCCACUUUACGAUGUUGUAAAGUGGAAAAAGCAACAUUUGUUUUGUAUCUUGACGUUUCAAAUAUUGUUGAAGUUAACUGCAACAGACGUUGUUGAAUUUCGAGACAUUUUGCAAAAAUGCCUUGGAUAGACGAGGAAUAAUUGAAGAAAACGAACUGUGUAGGCUGCAUGUAUAUGUGCAUAUUCUGAUGUACAUACACUUAGAUAUACUCUUAUUGCCAUGCGUCAGACGUAUCCGUGGCAACUAAGAACGCGUGGUGCAACACUUGCCAUUUCCAUUAAAAGUGACAAUAGCUAAUACCAGCUACAAAAUAGAUAAAAUGUCGAGCAAAUCGUGAACAAAGCUAUCUUUUCGAAGCGAUUACGAUCGGAACGUAAUCCCGACCGCAUAAUCUGUACAAUCGUCUAGAAACUGCUUUUCUACGAUCAGUGUACAUUUAUAGUUUUUACAAUCAACUGAUGUAUAAUUAGUGAACUGAUAUAUAAUUUUCACUGCCCAGUGUGAUAUCGCAAAAGUGAUGUGUAAUCCAACAAUUCGUCGAGAACUCUCAGUCGCACAGAAAUAAAAUCGCGCGUUUAGAAAAAGAUACACUAUUAGAAUAAAUAUUGAAAUAUAUUCUUAAACUUUGAAUAACAUUUUUAAAUAAAUAUGAAAAAUGCAGUCGUAAAAAGGAUAAAUAUCCUAAGAAUGACGAAAGAAAAUCCUUUCGAACGCUAAUCAAGAAUAAACUUAAUCGAAGGAUAUCAUAGCGCUAUUGGCGCGUCGACGCAUGGAUACUAAUUACAGAGCGAACAUCGCAAAGUGGCUGCCGCUUUCUGACGGUGCUCUCGACAAAUGGCUCGUGGACUCUUCGCUUUUGGACGAGAGAAUGGGAAAGCUUGCGGGAUGUAUAGCUUUAAUCAUCGAGGACUCCGCGGAGGCUCGGACAUGCGAUCAAGAGGUGUUUGAAGAAGUGAUCGAUAGUCUGGAGGAAUUAAUAGAGAGCUACAAAUUGACGUGCAAUCCGGGGGAAUUAAGCAGUCACCUGAUAUACAAGUAUAAGAUAAAUCACUUGUCGAUGGUGUUGAAGCGCAAAUUAAAUGUGAUCGCCAAGUUCACCCAAGAUUUGAUUAGUGACAUUGUCGAUUGCAAAAAUGACGAGAACAUAAGAAUAGUAUUCAGAUUGGUAAAUGCUUACAACAAAAUCCUCGACAUGAAUCGGGACGUGUCGGAUCCGUCUGUCAAUGUCUUUUACAACGAUUGCCCAUCCAUGUUGGAGCCUCUAAAGAAAAUCUCCGUGACCAAAAUAUUGCAAAUAUUGGCGAAGAACAGGGCGGAGGAAUCCUGUCACGAGCUUAUCGACUGUCUUCUGGCGAAUUAUGAGCCCCGCGAGAAAACCCAGCCUGCGUCUUCAACAAACGAUGUGGAUGUUUCGGAAAGUUCUAGCGUCGAAAUCUAUCGCGCUCUUACGAGGCAUUUGACGCCACCGAUCACGAGUGCGACAUCGACGUCCGAAGUGGAAGCAUCCAAUAUCGAAAGUGUGCAGACACUUGUGAACACGCAAAACGAGCAGAUUCUUAGACUCUUAAAUGUCGUGCAGGACAUAUCGCCGCAAUUACUUGGCGCGGACGCCUUAAAGACCAACAAAGGUGAGACGAGAUUGAGAGGCAGCGCGAUAAAGAAGGUAAAGAAUUACUAUCAGGAGGUAGCAUGGGGCGCAUUGUCCAGUAUUUUGGAUCAUGUUAUACUGUGGUGGUCGCGGGAGGCUCUCGCGACUCAUCACAGCCACGGCGCUCAGCAUCUCAAGGAUUGGCUGCGGCAGUUCAUUCAGGGGAACGAUACUCCGCCUACAGUCAGAUCAGCGCUGCAAAAUUUGUGCGACGCGCUCGGGUAUCAUACGACCGUCACUGCUUGGGACCAGACGUUUAGAUUAGCCUACACCUCGGCCUUCGAGUGCCGUUCGAAACCGUCGUCCACGGAGGGAACCGACACCGGUCAAAUGUUCGUCGAGCUGUUCCAGCUGCUGGUCACGCUCAGCAACGAGUGCGAGGUGGGCGGCGAGUGGGUGAUAGGAGCACCCUUGGUAGAACUGCCAUUGUCGGAGCAGAUCGUCGUGUUGCACAGGAUGGACCAUUCGGUGCACACGGCGAGAUUGUGGGCCAUUCAGGAGGCCAAGAUUAUAGCCCACACUUGGGACCUGGAUGUGUUCUUCCUUCUUGUCAAGGGUGACGUGGUGAACUGUCUUGAAGAGCUGUCUUAUCUCAAGCUCGCUGAUCACACGAUCGCGUUGUCCAUGAAUUCUAUCAGCGUGCAGGUGUACGUGUGCACGAAGAUGAGAGCGAAGAUCGUUUCCGAGGUCAAGGCGAACGUUGAAUUGCUUCAGAUCUGCCCUGCUAACUGCAAUGCCACGCUUGCCAAGAUCUGCCGUGUGAUCAGUCUCGCGAAUUUGCAUAUGUGCUUUCCACAGCUUGAUUACAUUUAUCUGCACCGCAUCAAGUUUAGCGAGUACGGCGCGCAACAGCUGUUGACGGAUUUCGCGUACGUAUCGACGUGGGUCACGGAGUGCUCGAUCAUCUCGCAAAACGUCAGGAAUCACUUGCUGACGAACGAGGUCCUACGUCGUUGCGAGGGCGUUGGUCGGCUUCUGUUGAGGCACCCGGGCGAAGCUAUCGCUAUGCGCAAACGAUUGGCUCGAAGAACGAAUGAGCGUGGGUCGCCAGAAUCUCCAGGUCUGGAACGCAUGCCCGCCGAGAUGUACGUUCCGAAUCAAGAACAGUGGCUCGAGUUGCGCGCUCCUAAGCGAUACAAUUUUUGCUGUAUGGAAUGAAGGAAGUAAAGAAUAAAUAGUCAAUCGGAGCUUUAAUCAGCACGUUCUUUUUCCAGAAUUAUACGGUUGUAUUAUCAGAUAAUUCUCAUAAUUUACCAAUGCUGAAUGCGGCAGCUCAAUUCAUUACAAACUCUUCUCGUAAAUAUACU